CUCUCAGAUUGUUGACCAUGUCGCGGGAUAAUGGUUCAACCUCACUCUGACUACGUCCUGGAGGAAGAUGACAAGGUGAAAACCAUCGGAUAUCCUCUCGUGCUCCUCAUAUGGUCCAAUAAUACUCGCAUGUCGGUGUCACAUCGGCCUCUUCCACGAGACAUCUUCCGGGUCGACAGAGAGUUCGCCUGUGCUGCACAGAGCACAGAGGACUAUUUGUAAAGGAGGGGUGCUGUCUGUCCUGUUGAGCUCCUCCUGGUGUGUGAGUGUCGGGUGUGUGCACCAUGGCGAGCCUCCUACGUAUUGUGGCGGCCAGCUGCUCGGCCCCCGUGUUCAGCGGUGUUUCGAGUGUGAAGCUGCAGAGCAGCCGUGGAAUCAAAUCAUCAUGCCUUCGCUUUUUCAGGACCCAUCAAGCUCUGGGACAGUGUGCCAGUCCAGGUAUUCCAUACAAACAGCUCACAGUCGGUGUACCAAAAGAAAUCUUCCAGAAUGAACGUCGUGUGGCGCUUUCCCCCGCUGGUGUCCAGGCGCUCAUCAAACAGGGCUUCAAUGUCGUUGUGGAGUCAGGAGCCGGAGAGCCUUCCAAGUUCCCUGAUGAGCAGUAUACGCAGGCUGGAGCAACAAUUAAAGACCUUAAAGAUGUCAUGGCAUCUGAUGUGCUGGUUAAGGUUCGUGCCCCCAUUUUCAACCCUGACCUGGGUGUCCAUGAGGUGGAGAUGAUGAAGGACGCAGCCACUUUAAUCAGCUUCAUCUACCCGGCUCAGAACCCUGAGCUGAUGGACAUGCUGUCCCAGAAAAAGGCCACUGUCCUGGCAAUGGACCAGGUGCCCCGAGUCACCAUCGCCCAGGGUUAUGAUGCACUGAGCUCCAUGGCGAACAUCGCAGGGUACAAAGCAGUUGUGCUGGCAGCAAACAACUUCGGUCGCUUUUUCACCGGACAAAUUACAGCAGCCGGGAAAGUUCCACCUGCAAAGGUCCUUAUCAUUGGAGGAGGUGUGGCUGGAUUGGCAGCAGCUGGUUCUGCCAGAGCCAUGGGAGCCAUUGUCAGAGGAUUUGACACCAGAGCUGCAGCUUUGGAGCAGUUCAAAUCUCUGGGCGCAGAGCCGCUGGAGGUGGACAUUAAGGAGUCAGGAGAGGGUCAGGGAGGCUACGCCAAGGAAAUGUCAAAAGAGUUCAUAGAGGCAGAGAUGAAGCUGUUUGCCAAACAGUGUCUGGAUGUGGACAUUGUCAUCACCACUGCUCUCAUCCCUGGAAAGCGUGCACCCAUCCUCAUCACCAAACCAAUGAUAGAGAGCAUGAAAGAUGGCUCUGUAGUGGUGGACUUGGCAGCAGAGGCUGGAGGAAACAUUGAGACCACCGUACCUGGAGAGCUGUCACUACACAAGGGAGUGACCCAUAUCGGCUACACAGACCUGCCCAGCCGUUUACCAACACAGUCCAGCACUCUGUACUCCAACAACAUUACUAAGUUGAUGCGGGCCAUCAGCCCUGACAAGGACAACUUUUACCUCGAUGUCAAGGAAGAGUUUGACUAUGGGACCAUGGAUCACGUCGUCAGGGGAUCCAUUGUCAUGCAGGAUGGAAAGAACCUGUUCCCCGCUCCCCAGCCUAACAAUGUGCCCACUGCAGCUCCACCUAAACCCAAGACCGUCCAGGAAUUACAGAAAGAGAAGGCUGCACAAAUCUCCCCCUUCAGGGCUACACUCACCACUGCUGGCGUGUACACUGGAGGUGCUGCCACCAUGAUGGGUCUGGGUCUGUCAGCUCCUAACGCGGCCUUCACUCAGAUGGUCACCACCUUCGGUCUUGCUGGCAUUGUGGGAUACCACACAGUGUGGGGAGUUACUCCAGCUCUGCAUUCUCCUCUCAUGUCUGUCACCAACGCAAUCUCAGGUCUGACGGCUGUGGGUGGUCUGUCCCUGAUGGGAGGCAGCUACACCCCAACAACUACUGCUGAGACACUGGCCGUGCUGGCUGCCUUCAUCUCCUCGGUCAACAUUGCUGGUGGUUUCCUGGUGACAAAGAAGAUGUUGGACAUGUUCAAGCGCCCCAGUGAUCCUCCAGAGUACAACUACCUGUAUCUGCUUCCUGGCGGAGUCUUUGUCGGUGGCUACGCUGCUGCUCUGCAGUCUGGAUACAACAUUGAACAGAUGAUGUACUUGGGCUCAGGUCUGUGCUGUGUCGGUGCCCUGGCUGGCCUUUCCAACCAGUCCACAGCCCGUUUGGGUAAUGCUUUGGGUAUGAUAGGAGUUGCUGGGGGGAUUGCUGCCACCUUGGGUGCCCUCAAACCAAGUCCUGAGCUCCUGGCACAGAUGAGUGCAGCCAUGGCUGUUGGAGGCUCUACUGGCCUGGCCAUAGCGAAGAAGAUCCAGAUCACUGACCUGCCCCAGCUGGUGGCUGCCUUCCACAGCUUGGUGGGCCUUGCAGCCGUGCUCACCUGUGUGGCCGAAUACAUGAUCGAGUACCCCCACUUCGCCACAGACCCUGCAGCCAACCUCACCAAGAUAAUCGCCUACAUCGGCACUUACAUCGGUGGCAUCACUUUCAGCGGCUCCUUGGUGGCGUACGGCAAACUGCAAGGUAUUCUGAACAGUGCUCCUCUGAUGCUCCCUGGUCGUCAUGCUCUGAACGGCACUCUCAUGGCAGCCAGUAUUGGUGGGAUGAUUCCCUACAUGAUGGACCCCAGUUACACCACAGGCAUCACCUGUCUCGGAUCUGUCUCUGCUCUCUCCGCUGUCAUGGGUGUCACAUUGACUGCAGCUAUCGGAGGCGCUGACAUGCCGGUGGUGAUCACCGUACUGAACAGUUACUCAGGCUGGGCCCUGUGUGCUGAGGGCUUCCUGCUCAAUAACAACCUGCUGACCAUCGUUGGAGCUCUCAUCGGGUCGUCUGGAGCCAUUCUGUCAUAUAUUAUGUGUGUGGCCAUGAAUCGCUCACUGGCUAACGUGAUCUUGGGAGGCUACGGCACAUCCUCCACCGGUACAGGAAAGCCCAUGGAGAUCACAGGGACGCACACAGAGGUCAACGUGGAUCAGACCGUCGACAUGAUUAAAGACGCCCAGAACAUAAUCAUCACUCCAGGUUACGGACUCUGCGCUGCAAAGGCCCAGUACCCCAUCGCUGAGUUGGUGAAGAUGCUCACAGAAGCUGGCAAAAAUGUCAGGUUUGGUAUUCACCCUGUGGCCGGCCGUAUGCCCGGUCAGCUCAACGUGCUGCUGGCUGAAGCUGGUGUCCCAUAUGACAUUGUUCUGGAAAUGGAGGAGAUUAACGAAGACUUCCCUGAAACGGACCUGGUCCUGGUGAUCGGUGCCAAUGACACAGUAAACUCAGCCUCCCAGGAAGAUCCCAACUCCAUCAUUGCUGGUAUGCCUGUGCUGGAGGUCUGGAAGUCUAAGCAGGUGGUUGUGAUGAAACGUUCCCUCGGUGUGGGAUAUGCAGCUGUCGACAACCCCAUCUUCUACAAGCCCAACACUGCGAUGUUGCUUGGCGAUGCCAAGAAGACUUGUGAUGCCCUGCAAGCCAAGGUCCGCGAGGCCCAGGGCCAGUAAGGCGGAUACCUCUACUCAGAGCACUCAUGGAGCGAAGAAGGUUAAAGACAACAAGUCAAAGUUUUUCCUAAAAAUAUCUCCACAUUAAGAUGAUCUUUGUCCAAUUGCAACUCCAAUUGAGCAAAGAUGGUUGAAAAGUUGUUGGCACACCUUUCCUGUCAUCUAGAAAUUGCAAACGUUGUAAAAGAAAAGUAUGCUUGUGCAGAAGAAGCCAAGCAAUGCAAAUACUGUAGUUUUUUAAAGUUUAUUUAGUAAUGAAAUUAAACACAGAUUUAAAGGUAUGUCUUUUAUUUCUAGAUGUUAAAGGAAAGGUAUGUCAAAAAUUUGCAUGUGGUCUGUUUAAUCUGGGGAGCAACCGGCAGUGUCAUCUCCAUUACAGAAACCUAUAAUACUAUAAAACAAUCAGAAAUGUAGAUGCGUUAAGAUGUUAGAUAUUUCACUCUUAAGAUAUUUUAGGAAAUAGUCAAUAGUUGAAAGAAAAUUUUAGAAUGAAUUUGGAUUAAAAAGGAACAAAAGCAGAUAUAUGAAGUAAAACCCGAAGAGAAACAGGUAUGAGAGACUUAAGCACUAAUGUUUUCCACAAGGUUUUCUCCAGAGUCUCCUUUAAUUAUCGUCGAGUAAUCUGGUGUUCCCUUUGAUAGAUCUAUUUAUUUCUAACUUUCUUUCUCUGCAAAAGUAAAAAGAAAAAAGCGGAAUAGUGCAACAUUUUUGUAAAGUUCUUUCAGUUCCGGUUUUAUACGGUAUUGAGAGAUUUUUGUAUUUGGUCAAACGGUUAUCAUAAAGCUAGAAAAUCAUAUUUUAGAAACCAUAGUCAUAAAAAUGUAAUUAUGCUAUUUGCUUUUUUUCUUUUUCACUUCCACGUGUCUUGUGACCUCCACCUUUGCCUCUAGUGCAGCAAUCACACAUGGAUCCAAAAACAUUAAAGAUCCAUUCAAGCCUCGUCUAUGGAGCAUUUAACGCAAUAAACCAAACAGAUCUGAGCUCGCAGCUGUCGCAUGACGCUCGUAAAGACUGUACCGCUCAGACAAACACUCUUGUAGCUCUGAUGGCUGAAUAGAUUUAAUGUUUUUGAGCCAGGUACCUCCCAUCUUCCUGUGUGGUUCUCAUGUCCAUGUGUGAUUUACGGUAAAAAAGGGUGUGUUUUUUUUACGUGAAUGUCCACUCCAAUUUGUGUGUCCUUAUUAUCUUUCUGGAGAGAAAUGAAGGAUCACUGUUUGUAAACUAGGGCCAGAUGUUAACUGGACUGUUGUGUAAAGAGUCGAAAGCAACAUUACACUUACUUCUUUCAAACUGUCACCACAUUUCAGAAUACAUGAACUAUUAAGCAUUCUUUUUGAGUAUUUCUGAAUUUAAAAUGUCCUUUUUUUCUUUGCCAUAAACAUAAACUUGUGCCAAAACUUCCCCCUCUAUUUAUAUACAGAUAGAUAUGAAAAUGGAUAUUUUCCUAAAAUUCUGUCCAUGACUCCAAAUGUUCACCUGCUGUCUGCAGUCUCCUCUCCUUGCUAAAAUAGUAAAGUGCACAGGCCAUUGUUACCAUUUUCAAAACGACAACUUAAGAUCUCAUCGCCAUUGAUUCCCCUUCGAUAUAAAGUGUGAGGAACUCCUUCCAUUCCUCAGCAACCAUAAUUCCUUCCUCGAAGUUGUCCCAUCAUCUGCUGGUUUUACUGGGCCUAAUCCAAAACCUUCAUUUCCGGCAGACCACAUCACACUAGGUGUAGCAGACAGCUAAAUUUGUCCAUGAAGUCACGCAGCUUAGUACACACAGUACCAAAGGCAAGUGUAAAGUAGUCAGUAGACCGAGGUGUAAUGACGAACUGUAAAGAAAACCUUAUUGUUUCUGUCAUAUGCUCAUUACACAACGCAACAACUGACUUGGAUGAAUUGAGGAUUUGACAUCGUUUUCCAAAAGCUCAAUUUUACAUGUUCACACAAACCAGUUUUGAAAAAUCUGUACCUUUGAAGGCUUUUUAGGGACUUAAAACUCUGUUUGCCGGUGGACAAGAGGAACAUAGAGAAAAAAUUUGUUUUCAAAAAUAUCCGUAUAUGUGUGGACAGGAUGUCAAUCUAAAUAGAUUCUAUGGCACAAAUUUAGAUGGAUUAAUGCUCAAAGGAUCACUGAAAAAUGACAGAAGCUCCCACUCUACAGCAAACUAGCUAAUACUGAAAAACACCAGAAACUUAAGUUUUAAUUUUUGACAAAGGUUGGAGUGCUACCAUCCUUUUUAUGACAUUUUACAGUUUUGACGGUCAUGAUAGAGUAGGUGAUAUUGUAUGAAGUUUUCCUGGUACAUGGUUUGAGGAACAAUGAGGUGAAAGGUCAGCAGUCUGUUAUUUUUCUGACAUCUGUAAGAGUACUGUAAGAAGUUAGUUAUAUUUUCAUCCUUGGACCUGAUACAUUGACCAUGACAACUCUCCUACCUCUCCAUAAAUCGACCAAUAACUUUCCAGAAUACCUUCAUCUGACCACCUCUGACAGAAUCGACCAUAACGGACCAGUCGUUUUCCAUCCACACACUUUAAUUCUACCACUCAGCUCGCUUGCAUCUGAAAACCUGACCAAUCGCCUUCUGUAUUGUGUUCACGUUGCAUAUUUUUAACCAUCAGACCUCAGUUUGCCGCUGGCUAGUUUACUGUAUGUUAUGCAGGUGUAGAGCUGUUGAUGUCAUUAGUGCUCAUGAGGGAUCAUUGUUCUCACAAACGCAGUCUUUAUGGACUAUUAGAUUGAGAUAUCCGCUUAAUUUUUGUAGCUUGUUGCCAUUUUGGAUCAAAUUAAAGGAGAAGGAGAAUAUGAAUAGUUUUGCCAAUAUGACCCCCUAAAUCUUUUUUCGUCUUCUUAAGGAAAGUAUUUUUGUAAAGAGGCACUGUAUCUGUGCAGAGGAACAAUGGGGUUUUGAAGUUGAACAAUGUUUCGAUGCACCAUGUUAAUGGACAUGAAAUGAUGAAAUGUACUGUGAAUGUUUUCCCCUUUUGUUUAUCAUGGAACAUUUUCAUCCCUAAUAAACCUGUAUUUACACUACA